AGUUGAUUCCCGUCCGUUGUGGAAGUUGGGUCGUUUUUUUUUAUAACGUCUCUUAAAAAUCAUAUAGUUCUAAACUUUGCUGAUUAUUUUUUUUGUUUUACAAUAUUUUAUUCUGUGUGACGAUUGAUUAAAAAAAACGGAGUAAAUUAUUAUUUGUGAACACCAAUUGGAUACAUUGUUUUAGAUAUUAUUAUGUGCUAAGUGAUAAUAGUGAAGUGCUAUGAUGAGAAAUGACGCAUUUUUGUGUGUGUGUUAAAUUGUGAAGAUAUUUUGUUUUGAAAAAAAAAAAGAUUUGUUUAUAUAUUUUUUAGUGUUUUGUGUAAUUUAGUUGAGAUUUAAUAUUUAUACAGUGUACAGGUGUGUAACUACGUAUAUUUUUUUCGUGUAAUUUAACUUUUGAAGUGAAAAAAAAGUAAAGGGAUGUAUCCAAACGCCGGUAUUAAUGCUGCAGCUGUGGCUGCGGCAGCUGCUGCACGCCAUCCGGGACCACCACAACCUGGCCAGCCAUUUAAAUUUACUGUUGGCGAAUCAUGUGAUAGAAUCAAGGAGGAGUUUAAUUUUCUUCAAGCACAGUAUCACAAUAUGAAACUCGAGUGUGAAAAAUUAGCAUCAGAUAAAAUUGAAGUGCAACGACACUAUGUCAUGUACUACGAAAUGUCAUAUGGACUCAACGUGGAAAUGCACAAACAGACAGAGAUAUCAAAAAGACUAAAUGCAAUAAUUCACCAAAUGUUGCCAUUCUUGUCUCAAGAACAUCAGCAGCAGGUGGUCACUGCUGUUGACAGAGCAAAGCAAGUAACAAUGACCGAACUCAAUACCAUUGUUGGGCAACAAAGACCAGAUAUACCAAGAUUAUUACAACAGAUGCAUGCACAACAAUUACCACCGGGUGCAGCAAUGGGACCACAUCCUGGUUUACCUGGUUUACCUGGUCUUGGUCCAGCUGGUGGUUUACCAGUACCCACAUCCGCAUCCGCUUCACUUCUUGGUCUUGGUUUAAAUCCUGGUGCAGCACCAACUCCUGGUGGUACACCUGCUCAUCCAUUAUCAAUGCUGGGAAAACAAGAACUUCAUAGAAGUCAACCAGAUGAUCUCAAGAGUAAUGGAGGAUUAAGUUCAACUGAAGAACGACAUCGUAGUUCAAUAUCACCUGGUGAUAAAUAUAGUAGACCAAGAACACCACAAGAAUCACAUCACAGUCAUCAUUCACAAAAUCAUCAUGAUCAUCCAAUGCAUAUUAAAAAAAUGAAAAAAGAAGAUAAAGACAUUGGACAUAGUGAUGGUGAAAAAAGUGAUCAAGAUUUAGUUGUUGAUGAUGCAAGUGAAGGUCCAACAAGUCCAGCUGUUAAUGGUAGAUCAUCACCACGUGAAAAUGGUUUAGAUAAAUCAUCAUCUCAUAAUUCAAAUGUACAAGUUAAAAAAGAUAUACCACCACAUUCACCACGUAGUGGUACAAGUAGUAAUGCAAGUACACCAUCAGCUAAAAAAAUGGAAGAACGUGAAAAACCAUCAACACCAAUAUCAAAACCAUUGACACCAACAUCAGCUGGUGGUGGUGGUGGUGGUGGUGCUAAAGCAACAAGUUCAAAUAAAUUACCACAAGGACCACCACCACCAACAGGUGGUGCUGGACCAUAUCCAAAUCAUUAUCCACCUGGACCAGCUCCACAUCAUAUGCCACCUGGUGGACAACUUCAUCCACAUGUUGAUAUGAUGGGAUACAAUGGUUAUGGUGCACCAAGAGCACCAGCAUCAGCAUUACAAAUGUAUGAUCCACAUAAUGGAAUGAGAGCACCUCCAGGAUCAAUUGGUGUACCUGGUGGAAAACCUGCUUAUAGUUUUCAUGUACCAGGUGAGGGUCAAAUGCAACCAGUACCAUUUCCACCUGAUGCAUUAGUUGGUCCAGGAAUUCCACGUCAUGCUAGACAAAUAAAUACAUUGACACACGGUGAGGUUGUAUGUGCUGUAACGAUAUCAAAUCCAACAAAAUAUGUUUAUACUGGUGGUAAAGGUUGUGUUAAAGUUUGGGAUAUUGGACAGGGUAGUGGUGGUACAGCAAAACCAGUAUCACAAUUAGAUUGUUUACAACGUGAUAAUUAUAUUAGAUCAGUUAAAUUAUUACCAGAUGGUAGAACUUUAAUUGUCGGUGGUGAAGCAAGUCAACUUAGUAUUUGGGAUUUAGCAAGUUCAACACCAAGAAUAAAAGCUGAGCUAACAUCAUCAGCACCAGCAUGUUAUGCAUUGGCAAUAUCACCAGAUUCAAAAGUAUGCUUCAGUUGUUGUAGUGAUGGACAUAUUGCAGUUUGGGAUUUACAUAAUCAAACACUUGUUAGACAAUUUCAAGGACAUACUGAUGGUGCAUCUUGUAUUGAUAUAUCUGCUGAUGGUUCAAAACUUUGGACUGGUGGUCUUGAUAAUACAGUUAGAUCAUGGGAUUUAAGAGAAGGUAGACAAUUACAACAACAUGAUUUUUCAUCACAAAUAUUUUCACUUGGUUAUUGUCCAACUGGUGAAUGGCUUGCUGUUGGUAUGGAAAAUAGUAAUGUCGAAGUAUUACAUGCAACAAAACCUGAUAAAUAUGAACUUCAUUUACAUGAAUCAUGUGUACUUUCAUUGAGAUUUGCAUCAUGUGGAAAAUGGUUUGUCUCAACAGGAAAAGAUAAUUUAUUAAAUGCAUGGCGUACACCUUAUGGAGCAUCAAUAUUCCAGUCAAAGGAAUCAUCGUCAGUGUUGAGUUGUGACAUAUCAGCUGAUGACAAAUACAUCGUAACAGGUUCAGGUGAUAAGAAAGCAACAGUCUAUGAAGUCAUUUACUAAAAAGAAAAAAAAAAAAAGAAAUUGAUUGUUGACAACGUGUAGAUAUAAUUGUCUUAAGAAAAAAAAAUAAUAUUAUUGAAGAUUUAAAAUCUACAAUAUAAUAAUGAAAAGUUAAACAAUGAUAAAAAUUUAACUUUUACUGUAAAUAUAUAGUUAUCAAUGUUAUUACAUAUUAUCAUCAAUAUCAUUGUUGUUGUUAUU